AUGGCUACGGCAUAUAGAAUACAGAUUGACCCAAGUCGGAUCGGUCUUUUAGGUUAUAAGCACAAUGAAGCUACAGCGGCCAAGCUGUCUGAACUGCUUCAAAAAGAUCUUGACCGGCAUCAUGUUUUCUUCCUGGCGAGAGGUUACCACAACCAUAUGUCGCACCACCUAUGUACACUCUAUGGCGCAGGAGCGAGUCCCGAGGAGCUCCAGGCCGCGUUCGACCGUGAUGCUGAAAUUCAGAUUGACCGGUUUCAGUUAAACGAUGGCGUUCUCGAAGACCUUCACCAAGAUUGGGCGGCCAAUGCUCCUAAGUACCUCGGAGAUGCCAAGUACUAUGCUGAUUUCUUGCGAUAUUUCCAGGAGGAAGUAGAGGCAAAAGGGUGGAAGAAUGCAUUGGUGGAAUAUCUCCUCAGCGGCAAGGAGAACACUCACGAUAUGUACCGUCGCAGCUGGGGCAGCUUUGCCCAUUCUUUCAUCCAGCUCAUGUACGGCAUCGAGUGGGAUCAGCCUGCCAUCAUUGCCCAAGGUCUGGCUCAGUCCGCUAUCCACGACACCUAUGUUGGCGACUUUCUGGAGAAGGUAGAAAAGGCAGCAGCAGCAAACCCUCCUUCAUGCCGCUUCAACACUGCUGAGCUCUACGAACAAGUACACUCCGACCCGGAAUUCGUCAAUAGCGUGCGCAAUGGAAAUCCAAACAAGAUCUUGGACAGUAUCGAGGUCCUGUGCCCCGAUGAGGGUGUGAAUUAUCUCGCCCAGGUCAAGGCUGACCCCAGAAACCUGGCAGAGGGCAUCGCGGAGAACAUCCAUACGGCCGCCUACAUGGUAUCGGCGUGUAUUUUCCACCCUCCUGAUUACCCGAGAUUUGACUUCUUCCUCAUCCAUCAUCUUACGAUUGGGCCAUUCUUGCUCUUGAUUCAAGGCGCUGCAUGGAUCCCUGAUUCGGUCAAGCUGCGAACCCUGGAGUGGAAGGCUCGCUUUGACAUUCUGCACUACGUUGUACGAUGGGCAACAACCUUGCGACUUGACAGCAUCAUAAGCUACACACCAAAAGACACUACGCUCGUGGAUAACUUGCAGGAGCUACUUCCCCGGUUCUUCAGCAUGCCCGACGAUGGCCAUGUCGUCAAGACUGCGAGGGCCCUGGUCCUCGCGCGGCAUGUUUCUCAAGAUUACCUCGACCGACCAUGGAUACGUAUCAAAGAUGAUAAGACGUGGUUGAACGCGCAAUACCUUCUCCUGGACAGCACCUGGGAGCAUCCGGACUACCCUUGGGUGCGGACUGCUGGAUGGGAUGAGGCAUGGAAGGACAGUGGUCUUCCUGAAACGAUCCUUACAGAACAUCACAAGGCUGAGACUCUGUUUCAAGCUUCUGUGUAG